AUGCCCAUCGCCGCCCUUGAAAUACAUGAUGCCGACUUGACCAAGUUCUACAUCAACGGCCAAUACGCCAAACCAGUUUCAAAGGAGACGUAUACUCUGCGAAAUCCCAAAGAUGAUACUGUCGUCGCCGAUGCUGUUCCCAUCGGAGGACCCGAAGACAUCGAUUCGGCGGUAGCUACCGCAGAAACUGUCAUUCAGGGCCACUGGAGGAAUUUCACCGCGGCGCCACGGUCACCAUGUCUUCGACGCUUAGCCGACGUUUUAGAAGACAAGAUGUUUGACGUAUUGACCCUGGACUCAUUAGCAACUGGAAAUUCGGUCUCACUGAUUCCCUCGCCCGGAUGGACAGACAAGCAGAAAGGAGACUACUUCCCGGCAGACAACGACUUUAUCAAACCGGUGCAUCACGAGCCACUGGGGACGGUUAAUGGAAUUCUGAUUCGAUCAGGACGGGUCUGUGUAGCCGCAUCACGAGUCCACGUACAACGAUCCGUCGCGGAGGAAUUCAUCAACGUAUACAUACAGAGAAUGAAAGACGCCAUUUCAAAGCCGGGGGAUCUCCAGGAUCCUACGACAGCACUGGGUUCACUCGCCGCAGUCGACAGCUUCGCCAAAGCCCCGGGGAAAAAGACAAGACGAGAGCCGGGACUGGUCGUUGGGGGCGUCAGAUACGGCGCCAAUGGCUGCUUCAUGGGACCAACAGUGUUCUUGAACCUCAACCGGAUGCAGAUAUUGACCAGAGAGAAAUCUUUGGUCCUGUCGCGGCGAUUAAGACCUUUGAAAAUGAAGAUGAAGCUGUUGAAUUGGCCAACGAUACCGAUUUCUGACCGAUGGCCGGUGUAUUCAGGAGAGAUAUUAAUCGUGCCAUGA